AUGUAUACCACCGAGUUUCAGCAAAUAGAAAAGGAAUACGAGUUAUACAAGGCCAAACGUCGAAGAGAAAAGUCACUUUUGAUCCGCACGGAGAAAGCCCCUGGCGGUUUGCAGGCUGCAUCAUCUUCCGUGUCUUCUUUUGAUGCUUCAAGAGACGGGUUGUCUUCUUCUUCAGUCGGGCUUUCGUCGCUCGCAGAUCGCCAGGAGCUUGACCAAAUCAAAGCAGAACUAAGGGAAGCUACAAAGGUGCGUCUUGAAACUAGCGUAAAUAACAUUUUUAACAUGAGGGCGAUUCGAAAAUUACAGGAAAAUCUGAAGAUGCGGGAAUCUCUGGAGGAAGUACAGCGAACCAAGGAUAACUUUCAAUUCGAGAUAGUGGAAAAACACCGCGCCCUAAUGCGUGCACAAGACAUAGGGCUGAUAUGA